AAAGAGCAAAAGCUAGGGUUUCACUUUCGUUGUGGAUCAAGGUCUAGGGUUUUCUCCAGAAAUGGCGGUGGAUUCAUUGCGAGCACCACAGAGCAAGCUUCGAUGGGGGGAGCUUGAUGAGGACGAUGGCGAGGAUCUCGACUUCUUGUUGCCGCCGAAGAUUGUCGAAGGCCCUGACGAGAACGGAGUGAAGAGAGUCAUCGAAUACCGAUUUAACGAGGAUGGAAACAAGGUCAAGGUCACCACCACCACCCGUGUCCGCAAGCUUGCCCGUGCCCGCCUCAGCAAGCGUGCGAUGGAGCGGAGGUCUUGGAGCAAGUUCGGGGAUGCCGCCCAUGAAGACGCUGGAAGCCGCCUCACCAUGGUUUCUACAGAGGAGAUCGUCCUCGAGCGACCUAGGGCUCCAGGUAGCCAAGCGGAAGAAGUAAAGGUUGCCGGUGAUCCAUUAGCUGCUAUGGGAAAAGCAGGAGCUGUCCUUAUGGUAUGCCGGACAUGUGGCAAGAAGGGUGAUCACUGGACAUCAAAAUGCCCAUACAAAGAUUUGGCUCCACAGGUUGAUGGCUUUGUUGACAAGCCUCCAACAGAAACCUCAGCUUCAGCAGGUGCUGGCAAGGGCGCAGGUGGUGCAUAUGUGCCUCCCAGCAUGAGAGCAGGUGCUGAGCGAUCUGGAACUGAAAUGAGACGUCGGAAUGAUGAGAACUCAGUCCGAGUUACAAAUCUUUCAGAAGAUACACGUGAACCUGACCUCCUUGAGCUUUUCCGUGCUUUCGGCCCUGUUACCCGUGUCUAUGUUGCUGUGGAUCAAAAGACUGGUAUGAGCCGUGGAUUUGGCUUUGUUAACUUUGUAAGCAAGGAAGAUGCUGAGAGAGCCAUCAACAAGCUUAAUGGUUAUGGUUAUGACAACCUUAUUCUGCGUGUUGAGUGGGCUACACCAAGGCCAAAUUGAGUUGAUCUCUAAUUUUGAGUUCGGACCCUGCCGCUUUCUCAACUAUCUUUUUUUGUUUCUAUAAAAUUUUCUUUUGGAUAUUCAGGCAUUUCAAUGAUGAAGAUGUUUUUGUUUGCAACAUAUAUGUGCCAUCUUUAUGCUACUCAAUUAUGUGAAAUA